AUGGGCCAGUCAGCCACCAAGUCCGGCGUUGUGGUUUGGGGACCAAUGGAAUCUGAGGACACAGGCUGGGAUGGAAGCUCUCCAGACGCCUUUGAGAACCCUUCUGUUGGCUUGUCACCCACAGCACUUCCCAAUCAGGGAGUCGGCUCCGCAAUCUCUAAUCUUCAGCUCCGUCUGGUAGAUGGGCUCAAGGCCACUGGGGUGAGAGCUGUCGCUGCAGGUGGCAAGCAUUUUGCCUGUCUCGUCCAGACCGGGGAUAUUUUUGUUUGGGGGGCAGGUGCACAGGGCCAGCUCGGUCUGGGAGACUGUGCAGAUGUCGUCUGCCCCAAGAUUCUGAGGCCUGUGCAAGGCAAAUUAGUUCAAGCGGUCUCUUGUGGGUUUCAACAUACAGCCUGCGUGCUUCACGAUGGCUCCGCGUUCACAUGGGGAUGCGCUCUGCAUGGCAGACUGGGUCUGGGUGGUUUAAAUCUGCCACAAGGUGGAACUUUCCUGGGGGAGGAAGACCUGGCCUAUACUCGGCAAGUAGUCUCCGUGCCUCAGCAUGUAAAGGCCCUUGCAAGGAAAAGUGUCACUGACGUAUCUUGCGGAGGCUUCCACACGGCGUUCCUCGUUGUUAGCGGAGAUGGAACCGCACUGUACACCUGCGGCCUUGGUCUGUCCGGCCGCCUUGGUGUGGGAGACGAGGACGAUCGCCACACGCCGGAAAAAGUACAGGGGCUUGAGGGCCUUGUCCUCACAGCUGUUGCCUGCGGAGGCCAUCAUACAGCCUGCAUUGCUUCGCCGGGGUGCCUAUACACUUGGGGAGGUGCAGCCUUUGGGAAGCUGGGUCUCGUCUCCCAUUCCUCCGUCCUGAAGCCUUCAAAAGUGGGGGGUCCUUUGGUGGGAAAGAUGGUUUCUUCUGUGGCCCUUGGGACUCAUCACAGCGCCUGCACCACCACAGAUGGAGAGCUGUAUACCUGGGGUCAGGGGAGGCGCCUGGGACACGAACAGAGCGGAGAAGCCGACCAGCCACUGCCCCGCCGAGUGGAAGCUCUCGUUGGGUUUUUUGUCCAUCGGGUCGCAUGCGGGGAGAGGCAUACAGUCUGCGUUCUGAAUUCGGGGGACAUCUGGGCCUGGGGCACUUCCCGCGCCGUGGGCCACGGGGAUCCCUCUGUCCCUCCCAAUGCUCCCACUCCUCUUCGUUUACUGAGAGGAAAAGGGGUAUCCAGCGUCGCAUGCGGGGGCCCCCGAUCCAUCGCCCUGUGCAACGCCAGCCAUGCGCCUUCAAGGGCAACAAAUGAAGGGCUCUACAAAAACCCUUCUUCAAAGGCUGUUGAUCCAGCUAUACUAAACAGCCGAAAAACAGGAAGCCAUCAGUCGCAGCAUUCUACGGAGCCCCAUGUGAUGGAAGAUAGCGGGGGGCCCACUCCCGUCGUAGCAUUUGCAGAAACUUCAGGCAAUAAUACAGCUAGUUGUGGCAGUGAAAGUUUGCACGUCUUGGGAUUCGCUCCAGGUGAUGACCAGCCCAUAGGAUGCUCCGGAGAGGGUUGUGGCUCAGACGCAACACGCUCCACUUUACUUGAAAUGGAGAGGGGAGCAAACAAAGGAGAUACAUCACCAGAGGCCCUCAUCGCCCACUUAGACCGUGAAUUGCAAGCCGCCCGCAUGGACAGUCUUCUACUUGCUGCGUUGCUCAAGGGAGCGGCGACGGAGCUUGAUGCAGCCCUCCAGAGAAUCAGACAGCUCGAGGCUGAGGUCAAAGUGCUAGAAAAGAGUUCAGCUGACGCGGGGGAGCGCCUCGCAACACUACGAGGCCAUUACGAGCAGCACAUAAAGGAAUUAGGACAGCAGCUGGCGCAGCAGGACGUGCAGUUCCAUGCGGCUCUUGCUGCCCGCAGCGGCGCUGCUGUUGGCAGCGGAAGCCACGCCCAGGUGGGAGUAGGCUCCCAGGCAGCUUUGUUGCAGCACCUUAGUUUAGAGGAGGCCCUCGCGGAUCCCCUGGGGUCGCAAGGACCCUCAUUCUUUUUGCGACCAAGGGGUCCCGGCAACAAUGCGCCUGCAGAAACAGCAGGAGGUAGCAACACCCCGUUGGGCGUGCCCGCCCCCUCCAGCCCCUCUCGAUUUGAGAAAAACGAGGGUAUGUGUACCCAAGGAAUGGUACCGAAGCCCAGAGGUGCGGAGACAUUCAUGCUCCCCCUCUCAACUGCUUAUGGAUCUUCUGGGGCAGCCAGACCCCACCAACAGCGGCAUCCGAAGCAGCCACCGGAGAGUAAGGAGGCAUGCACCAUGAAUAAAGCCUUUGUAGCGCAGGAUCCAAGUGGCGGAGGAUCUUCUCCCGCGAUUCCCAUCUUUGUAUUGGAUGACAGUGAGAACCCUUGGCUCUAA